AUGAAGAUAAAGAAACAAAAGCUUGAGGAGCUCACCCAUUUUAGAAACCAAUACUACCCGAAGGAAAUCAACACCAAGGUGGCAUUCACAAAGUACAAUAAAGAUGAAAACAAGCCAUACUACAUAUUGGCUAGGAAGCUAGACGCCACCGCCAAGAAAAGAGCUGACAUUCCUUUUGGGAAUGCUGUUGCUCACUGCUUCAUUAGAGACUUCAGAAUCAUGGACAACCAUGCAUUGUCAAAGGCGUACCAAGCAGCCACCAAAAACAAUCUUCCCAUGAUCUGCUUUUGGGUAGACUGCCCGGAGCAAAGGGAGGCUCACUUGGACGCGCCAUUCAAGCACUACUACAGAAUGUUAAGUUUGGAAAUGGCGCAGAGAAAGCUCCAAUCAUUGAACAUCCAAGUCGUUACCAUCCACGCAGAAAAAAGAAAAGACAUAGUCCCCAAGAUCAAAGAGUUUUUGGAAAAGUAUAAGAUCAACCACCUAUACUCCAACAUGGAGUACGAGGUCGAUGAGUUGCGGCUUGCAGAAAAACUUCUAGACACCUUGCUCGAGCUGAAUAUCGCGUAUUUCCCAUGUCACGACACAUGCAUUGUUACCCCGGGACAACUUAAAACAAAGUCCAAGGGCACACAAUAUGCCGUGUUCUCUCCAUGGUACAAAGCAUGGGUCCAAUUUGCGAACGAUGAGUACUUGAGUAAAGAAAACUUCGUAUACCCUACACCUGACAAAAAACUAAGCAGCACAAUUGAGGUGGAGGAAAAACCUGAAUUUCCCCACGGAGAAGUGGACAAGGCUCGUUUCCACAAGUAUUUCAAGCUUAUUGGCGAAGACGGCGCACGUAAGGCCUUGUCACAUUACAUCGCAUCCCCCGAGAUCAAGGGCUACGAUGACACGAGAGACUCGUUAGAUGACGAUACAGUUUCGCACUUGAGUGUGCACAUUUCUUCGGGAACGAUAUCAACGAGGUCGAUUCUACAAGAGCUUUUUGAGCAAAAGAAGCUUUCGAAAAACAACAGAUCGCAAGCCACAGGCAUUGCGGAGUGGGUGAGGCAAGUUUCCUGGAGAGACUUUUACAAGCACAUCAUGUGUAACUGGCCAUAUGUGUCCAUGCAUAAACCUUUUCAUUUGGAGCUUUCGGACGUAAAGUGGAAGUACAACAACGAUCACUUUCUCUCGUGGUGUGAGGGAAAGACAGGGUUUCCAAUUGUGGAUGCUUGCAUGAGAUGCAUGAAUGAAUCAUCCUACUUGAACAAUCGAGGGAGAUUGAUCGUGGCAUCAUUCUUGGCUAAGGAUCUACUUUUGGAUUGGAGAAACGGGGAGAGAUACUUUAUGCUGAAAUUGGCCGACGGAGACUUCAGCUCUAAUAAUGGAGGCUGGGGUUUCUCUGCUAGCACAGGUGUUGAUCCGCAGCCGUACUUCAGAAUUUUGAAUCCUUGGACGCAAUCUGAGAGGUUCGACCCUAUCGGGGGCUUUAUAAGAAAGUGGGUUCCCGAGUUAACCGACGUCAAGGGAAAAGCUAUUCACAACCCUUAUGCACACAGCGACUCUGCCGAGAUUGCAAGGAAGAAUGGUUAUCCCGAGCCAAUCGUCGAUCACAAGCUUUGCAGAGAACGAGCAUUGGAGCGCUAUAAAGCCGCCAUAGAAAGCGGGAAAGCUGAACUCAAGUAG